AUGACCCCUCCUUGGGAUUUGGCGGCUCAGUAUGUUCACCUCAAGGCCAACUCAGCUCGAGGUCUCUGUCUGCACCACCAUCACCCAAUCCCCAUCUUCGCUAAGGCACACACUUGUUGCAACCCGCACAUCCACAAUCCAGAGAGCCUUCCUUGCCAACACCCGCAGAUCUCACUCACCAAUACUCAGCGGGCGAAGGGAGGUUCAGGUACCAGUCUAUCGUCUUCCUCAGACCCUGCUCCCACGACGUGCUCUCCUCCCAACCCAGUGCCGCCAGCUUGUCAUUGUUGA